GCGAGUUCUUUAGCUCUUUUCACAGUGUUCAGAGUUAUUUCAACCAACGUGGUUAAGAGUGCGGCGACUGAAUCACGAUUAGCGGUCCGAAUUUGUCAGUGCCCAGGAAGGAAAAAAAACAACACCAAAAAAAAAACUUUCAAAAGCUACUUUUGAAAUUCCAUUCGUCGUCUGAAAGGCACCGCUAUCUGAGAUUGGAAAAACCGCAAAGCGAAAGCGAUUUUUUCGACAAAAGUGUGACAUUUGUGACUUUGCUUCCUGCUUCUUGGAAUUGCCUUGUGACGCGAAGAUUGGUUCCGGAUGAAGAUGACCAAGUUGUUGCGGGCGAAACGGUGCCUGGAGGCGGUGGCGGCGUUCGGUGGCGCCGGUAGAACGGCACUGAUUACACAAUACGCCCGGGCGUUGUCAACCCAGGCCGGCAAGAUUAUCCAGAAUCCUCCGCAGUCGAUUCCGCUCGACCCGGAGCUGGUUCACGCUGACCUUCACCGACGACUGGCCGGUCUGUACGAGGAGGAAGUGCAGAAGAAGCUGGUUGUUCCGCCGUUCAAGCGGGCUCUGCUGCACGGCCAGAAGUCGGCCAUCCGGGACCAGACCGGAGAUUACAGCUUCAUCCAGCUGUACGAGGCCGUGAAGCGACUGGCGAUCCAGAUCUCCAGCUGCUGUGGUAGCGCAUCUCAGUCGCGCGUGGCGUUCAUCUGUCCCAACGAUGCAACUUACGUUAUCAGCCAGUGGGCGUGCUGGUUCUCGGGACAAAUUGCUGUUCCGUUGAAUCCAAAAUACCCACAAAACCUUCUGGAAUACUACAUCAAGGACUCUGACGCAUCGCUUCUCAUUGCCACGCCGGAAUUCCAGAACGUCGCCCAACCCUUGGCUACCAAGCUUGACAAAAAGCUGCUCCUUGUGCACCAUGAUUUGCUAAAGGCAGAAAAUAAUGGAACCCAGCCAGACGAAGAAACAUCAUAUCUUGAUCCGAAACGCGAAAACUUGCUCCAACUGAACGACACGCUUGUGGUUGAAGGUUGCUUGAACGGUGAAUUCUACCGUGAUGCAAAUGCACUCAUUCUUUACACUUCUGGCACAACUGGCAAUCCCAAGGGCGUGGUGCUGAGCUAUGCCAAUUUGGAUGCCCAAUUCCAUGCGUUGACUCAAGCUUGGAAGGUAACAAACGCCGAUUCCGUACUGCACGCUCUUCCACUGAACCACGUCCACGGAACGAUCAACGCUCUGAAUCUGCCACUGACGCUCGGUGCAAAGUGUGUCAUGCUGCCCAAAUUCGACAGCAGCAUGGUAUGGAGCUACCUGCUGAACGUCAAUAUGACCACGAAGGAGCGCGUCAACAUGUUUAUGGGAGUGCCGACGAUGUACAGCUUGCUGAUUAAGGAGUACGACAACGUGUUCGGCAAAAACGCCAGAAUGUGCGACUACGUGAAGACACACUGCAAGAACAAGAUUAGACUGAUGAUUUCCGGAUCGGCUCCGUUGCCAGGAACGGUCUUCAAGAGAUGGCACGACAUUAGCGGUCACAACUUGCUGGAACGAUACGGAAUGACCGAAAUCGGAAUGGCCAUUUCAAACCCGCUUAUUCAGGAUGGAACUCGAUCACGUAAACAGGGCUGUGUCGGAAUGCCACUGCCGGGAGUUGACGCAAAAAUUGUCGACAAAGAGAACAACAAGGAGCUAAUUCUGCAAGGUGCAGCAAACGAAGGAUACUGGAAUGGCGCCACCGAUGCAUGCAUCCCCGAUCCGACAAACGGCCUGCCCAUUACCGGAUACCUUUACAUCCGAGGCCGAUCAGUUUUCCGCGAAUACUGGCAGAAACCGGAGGAAACCAAGUCGGAAUUCGAGGAUGGCUGGUUCAAGACGGGCGACGCAGCUGAAUAUUCCAACGGCACGAUCAAACUGCUCGGCCGAACCUCGGUAGACAUAAUCAAGUGUGGCGGCUUCAAGCUGUCGGCGCUCGAAAUCGAAACCGUACUGCACGAACAUGCCGACACGGCCGAUGUCGCAGUGAUUGGCAUCCCCGACGAAACCUGGGGCUCCAAGCUGGUCGCCGUUGUCAGCGUAAAGGACGCCGAAACGUUCAGCAUUCCACGGCUGCUGUUGUGGCUGGAACAGAAGCUGCCCAAGCACGCGAUACCCAAGGAGGUCAAGCUGGUAAAGGACAUCCCGCGCAACGCCAUGGGUAAGAUUAACAAGAAAGAACUGAUCCAAACUCUGUACGGCAAUGGCGAGCACCAGCAAGAAAAGGUCGUGAAAUAAGCCGCCAGUGGUCACAAUUCUCACGAGUUACGUUUGGAUUAUUCCCUUUCUAUGUGUUUCACACAUUGUUUAUUUUAUGUGUUACUAUUACGAUAAUAAUAACCAGCGCGCGGCACCAGUGAAGAAGUUGCAAAGAAGCGAUCGCGACGACAGGCCUGGCGAGCCGAUCAGAGAUCAUAACUUCUAGUCAUUACCGUCAGACUGUGCUCAAAGCAGGACUAGAAAGUUAUGUUUGAGGGAGAAUGAUUAGAUAGGCUUACGCGCUAGUGUUAGUGCUUGCGCAUAUUCACACAUAUUUAUACACGAUCAGUAAGUAACUUCAACUAACGCAAAUUCCCAAAAUGUGGGAUUUAAUAUAGGACGCGCUGUAUGCAUUGAACAACAAGCGGCGACAAAUACAUUAUUAAAGAUUA